AUGUCCCAUCACCAGACGCCCGCGGCCCUGCAACGUCAAUAUUACUCCGAUGAAGAAGAUGACUUUUAUGAGCAAGGAGUCACCGAUGCGCAAAUCCCCCUGGGUAUGAGACAGGAGGGCUAUGGUGAAGGGAACUUCAAUGAUCAAUAUAUCCAGCAGCAGCAAUUGUUGCUCGCUCAGGCUGCCGUUGCCCAACAGCAAGCACAAGAAGCUGCAGUAGCCCUGUCCGCCGUGCCCGAACCCGUCCGGAAGUACAUUAUUUAUCUACACACCACCUUGCUCUCCGCGAACCCUCAAGAAAUCUUUGCAGCUUAUGAGGGAGGAUGGAACCGAUUGACAGAGAAAUUUUACCAAAAGACCGAGUGGCCCGAAGCCGACAUUAUUGCCCCCUUGGUGAACAAUGACGAAGUGUUCUUGUUGUUUUACAGGGAGUUGUACUACCGACACGUCUACUCUCGCUUGCAGCCAGACAUUGAUGAUCGGUUUCAUUCAUACGAGAACUACUGCUCGAUAUUCAACUACAUCCUUAACUCCGAAGGACCUGUGCCAUUAGAUUUACCGGUCCAAUGGCUUUGGGAUAUUAUCGAUGAAUUCAUCUAUCAGUUUUCCUCGUUCACCACUUGGAAAGGCCGGAUGGGCCGGAAAACUGCGGAAGAAAUCCAACUGAUCGCCGAGAACCCACAAGUUUGGUCCUGCUACAGUGUUUUGAACGUUCUCUACUCACUCAUUACUAAAUCAAAAAUUCAAGAGCAAUUAGCUGCUACACGAAAAGGUGAAGAUCCUGACGAGGUGGGUGGCGAAUGGGGUGCUCGACCUCUAUACCGCAUGCUCGGUUAUUUCUCGAUCAUUGGCCUGCUCCGAGUCCACGUUCUCCUCGGAGACUACACUCUCGCCCUUCAGAUGAUGGACGACGUCGAAUUGACCAAGAAAGCCUUGUUUACCCGGGUAAACGCAGCCCAUGUGACAGUCCAUUACUACGUCGCUUUUAGCUACAUCAUGCUUCGCCGUUAUCCCGAUGCCACACGAUCCCUCACUCACAUCCUUUACUUCCUCCAACGCCUGAAAGGUUACCACACCCGAGGUUAUCAAUAUGAUGCGAUCAACAAACAAGGUGAUCGGAUGUAUGCCCUUCUAGCGAUUUGCCAGGCUCUUUCCCCUAGCAAGAUUGAUGAGAGUAUAUCGAGCACCAUGAAGGAGAAAUACGGCGAGCAGUUUAGCAAAAUGCUCUCUGGUGGCGAAGCCUCACUUGCCAGCUUCCAAGAGCUCUUCAGCUUCGCGUCUCCCAAAUUUCUUUCAUUGUCUUCACCGCCGUACGACCGCCCCGAGCUAUUACCUCAAUACGUUGCCAGCAGUAGUCCUAGUGAGAACCCGAGUGCACACCAUUUGAAGCUUUUUCUUUCGGACAUCCAAACUCAGCUCCCGACCCCGAGUCUCCGAAGUUUCUUGAAGCUCUACACUACGCUCAGUAUCAACAAACUAGCCGGAUUCUUGGGCGUAGACGAAGAAGAAGUACUCGAAAGUUUAAUGCUCCUGAAAGCUUCGAUGCGUAGUGUCAGACGCUCCGACGGGGAUUACGGCUUGAUCGAAGGCAAAGAAGUCGCCCUUGGUGAUAUGGACUUUGCGAUUGAUGGGGAUAUCGUCAAAGUGACAGAAACCAAGCCGGGUCGACGCUUUAACGAGUACUUCAUCAGACACACGGAGAAAGCCCGAACGAUGUACGACCAAUUGAUGGCCCAGCCACUCCCGAUCCCACCCAAACCCGCCUCUGCUCAAGCAGCGGCUGCUGCUGCCCCCGGAAGUGGAGCUCAAGACAAACCUCCUGCCUGGGUUCCCAACAUCAAAGCCGCAGCAACAAAAGCCUAG